AUGAGCCAGACCGUGACUGUACCUCGAAUUUUCUACCUGAUGGACGAGUUGGAGGCAGGGCAGAAAGGAUCAAAUGAUGGCACAAUAAGUUGGGGCCUUGAAAAUAAUGACGACAAUACAUUGACAACCUGGAAUGGCAUGAUUAUAGGGCCAGCCAAAACUCCAUUUCAAAAUAAAAUAUACAAUUUACAGAUAGUUUGCGGGAAUGACUACCCGGAUAAGCCCCCAGAAGUCAGAUUUAUUACGCAAAUUAAUAUGGAUGGAGUUGGCGGCGGUGGUCAGAUUGACAACUCAAAGGUUCCUUCCCUUCGGGCUUGGCGUCGAGGAAUGUUGAUUCGCAACGUCCUCUUUGAUCUUCGAACCAUGAUGACACAGAAGGAGAAUGCUAAGUUGGAUCAGCCACCGGACGGCUCGUGCUACUAG